GCGAGGGACGUUAGAUUAACUCGUGAGCUUAGGCCUUCUGCAAUGAAAGCUCUGCAAGUCGAUGUCGUCUUAUUUUUUUAAACCCUAAAAUUGCGUUUCUUUCAAUUCCAUUUCCUUUUACUAAAAAAUGGCUUCCAUGCAACUUAACCCUAACCCCAAUCCAUGCCGACCAUCUUCUCUUCAAUGCAAGAAUUUCUCAUCUCCUCGACUUCUUCAGCCUGAAUCGUUUCUUUAUGCUUCUUCAACCCUAGGUUACAGUUUCAGAUUCUGGCUUUGUUGCCAAUUCUUUACCAGAGAGAAUGGAGGACGUUCUUGUUUCCGACCAGGUUCGAGGAAGGGUGAUUCAAUAUGAUGCGUUCAUAAGCCACAGGGGAUCCGAGCUCAAGAAGCUCGCCCAGAAGAUUCAUGGCGAUCUGAGUGGAUUGGGAGUGUUGAGCUUCGUCGAUUCUCACGAGAUUAGAAAGGGGGAGAACUUAAGCGUCGUGAUCGUGGAAGCAAUCAGGGCUUCGUCGAUAUGGUUGGUUCUGCUGAGCAAAGGGUUUGCAGAGUCCCCAUGGUGCUUGGACGAGGUGAGAAUGAUGGUUGAUGAGAGAGAGAACGGAGAGAGCAAGGGGGUAUUGAUUCCUGUUUACUAUAAUGUUGGGCCUGAUGAUUUGAGAGAUGUGAAUAGAGGGCCUUUCAAGAAGGCUUUUCGGAUGCAUAGAAAGAGUGAAGAUUACUGUUUGGAAACAAUCGCGAAAUGGGAGGAGGGUUUGAAGCAAGUUGCAGAGAUAUGGGGGCCAAGAUUUGAGGAUUAUAGCAGGAAAGAGGACCUCGUAGGUGCCCUCGUUGAAGACGUGGUAAGAAAAGUGAAGAGUGUGGACUUGGAAGUUGCUAAAUACCCUGUUGCUAUUGAUCAAAGAGUUAAUGAAUUGCAUGCUAUCAUAAACAACCAUGAAUCUCUUUAUGGGGCUUGCAUUGUUGGAAUUGUUGGUAUGACAGGAAUUGGCAAAACAACAAUAGCCAAGAGGUACUUCAAUUUGCAUCGAUCAUCAUUCAGGUCUUCGUGCUUUGUUGAGAAUAUUAAGCAAAUGACUGGUGAGGAGCUGCAAAAUGCACAAAAAAUAAUUCUAAAAGAACUGGCAUGGUAUAAUGGAGACCAUAUUAGUAGCACUGAUCAAGGUAUCAAACUUCUCAAGAAGCAUCUACAAGGGGCCAAGAUCCUCUUGGUUCUCGAUGAUGUUGAUGACCAUCUUCAAUUGGAAGCUCUUAUGGUGCAUGAGGUUCUAAGUCAUGAGAGCACUAUUCUGUUAACUUCUAAUGACAAUGGAUUAGUUAAAAUGUUUCACCAUGCAUGCAUUUAUGAUGUCCCGCUCAUGGACCGGGAUUCUGCUAGAGAACUACUUCUCAUGCAUGCCAUGAAAAGACCUGAAUUGUCACAUCUGGAACUUGAAAAUAUCACCGAGGAGUUCCUUAACCUCAGUGAUGGCUUGCCAUUGUCUUUAGAGGUUUAUGGCAAAAAGCUUUCUGGGAUUACUAGCCGGUUUUACUGGGAGAAUACCUUAAAAAAGACAUCUGAGAUCUUACCAGCUGAAAUUACUAAGAGGUUUCAAUCAAGUUUGGUCAAUCUUAGUGAGAUAGAAAAGACUAUUGUUCUUGAUAUUGCAUGUUUCUUGGAUGGAGAAGACAAGAAUGUGGCGAUUAGCUUUUGGGAUUCCUUUGGGUGCUCUAGUGAUAUCGGUCUAAACAAACUCGCAGAAAAAAGCAUAGUGACUGUGAAACUAGAACUGGACGGUGAGAGACUCUCAAUACAUUCACAGUUAAAGCAAUUUUUCUUGCAGUCUCUUAAUGAAGACUUCAUGAAAGAUCCUAGCUCAUGUACACGAUUGUGGCAGCAGAAGCACGUGCAGAAAGCCUUGCAGCAAAACACUGGCUUCAUGAACGUGGAGUAUCUGAGUCUGGUGGAGAGAAGGUCAAAUCCCUCUGAGAUGGCAGAACUGAAAAUGGUCCCUUCAUCUAUCAUUUGGAAAGAAGACGGGAACAGUCUUCUCAGAGCUUGGCCUGUGCAGUGCUUCACAAAGAUGAGUAAAUUGAAAUUGCUUUUCUUAGAAGAUACUUGUAUUGAAGGGGAGUUCAACAAAUUACCAAAGGGAAUUGUAUGGCUACAUUGGCGAUUUUGCCCUCAUGUUACCCUUCCAAAGGGACUUCCCACAGCCAAUUUGCGAGUUCUUGCGUUAGGAGGAGGUCAAUUCACUCAUUUGUGGGAUGACCAGGAGAAUUCAGAGGUCCCUCUCCAGUUAAGGCACCUUCAACUUCAAGGAUGUGCAAAUCUUAUUGCACUUCCAACAUCAAUAGGAAAGUUAGUUCACUUAAAAGCGCUGAUUUUGAAGGACUGCAAGGCUCUAGUCACCCUUCCUGAUGAGAUAUGCAAUUUGCAAUCAUUGGUUCAUCUAAACAUGUCAGGGUGCAUCAGUCUUGAAAAUUUACCACCAUUGUUUGAAAAUUUAAGGUAUCUGAGGAUUCUUAAUUUGUCGGGUUGUGAGAGAUUGGGAAGACUUCCUGAUUCUUUUGUUCAUCUUGCAAGCUUGUAUGUCUUAAAUUUGAGCAAUUGUAGGCAACUUAUGACACUUCCAUUGCAAUUCGAUCAUUUAGCCCAGCUAACAUGUCUAGAUAUCUCUGGGUGUGAACUUCUUGAUCUGCAGCAUCCAAUUUAUUCUCAAAGCCUAAUGUUCCUUAAUUUGUUGUCCUGUAGGAGCUUCAAGCUCCUACCUUCCAUUGUUCAGCUGCCUUAUUUAUGCGCUCUAAUGCUCUCGAGUAAGGACUUCAUCAAGCUCCCUGCUUAUUUUGGGCAGUUGUCAUUUUUGCACCGGCUUGGUAUAAGUGGUCCUGAACUGGCGGAAUUGCCCUCUUCCUUUGGUGAACUUUGUAAUUUACUUAUUUUCACCUUGGAUGGUUGCCCCAAUCUCAAGAACUUGGUUCCGUCAAUUGGGCAGCUGAGGAACCUUAAAACCCUGGUUUUAUCAUCAUGUGGGUUGGUUGAAUUACCAGAGCAGAUAGGACAUUUGUGCAAUUUAGAGGUUUUAUGCAUCAAGAAGUGUAGAGAUCUGGUGCAGUUGCCAUUUAGCAUCGGCAAUCUCUCAAAAUUGAAGGAAAUGGAAUUGAUAGGAAAUUCUGGCCUCUAUUUAUCACACCAAUGCUUCUCAAAUCUCUCCCUUCUAGGGAAGCUAGUUUUGGAUGAGUGCCAGGUCUCAAAUGAGUCUUUUGCCUUGAUUUGUGGCUCAGUCUCUUCUUUGGCAUCUCUACAACUUUGUAAACUGUCCAUUGCCCAUGUCAAUGUCAAGGGUGUGUUUAUGAACCUCAUCUCGCUUUCUAUAACUUCUUGCCCCAACUUGGUUGAAUUUGAGAUGUCUCCAACUCUAAGAAAGUUGGAAAUCAUUAGAUGUCCUCUUCUGAAAAUUGUUUCAGUCCCUAGUGGGUUCAAUAUGGGUCUAAGGGAGCUGACCUUGAGGAACUGUGAAGAACUUUCCAUGAUACAGUCCAUUGAUGAACUUCAACAUCUCAAAAAGCUUGACACAGUGGGAUGCGUGGUGUUGCACUAUGUACAUGGAUUGGAGGAGGUGAAGACAUUGAAGGAGUUGCAUAUUUUCGUCACAUAUUGGGGUUUUCUCUAUUAUGGGGAUGAGUGGUUACAAAAACUUCAGAAACACAUAUAUGCACCUGCUAUGCAUUUUGCAACAAAGACGGUGUUCAACAAGCACGAAAUUUUCCAAGAGUUCCAUACGAUGAAUUCAGUCUCGAUGCAACAUCUUGAGUUCACUAUGCCGGAAUCCACUGUUCCAUGUGCAUGGAUCAUGGUUGCCUUCAUUUCACGUAAUUCUUCUAAAGACUAUGGAGAACUCCUGAAAUCUUGUGGUUUGAAUUUGGAGGGAGAAGGGAGCAUUUCUCUCUUUCUUAGCAAGGGGGCAAUUUCAAUGGUGCCUGUGCAUGAAUACCCAGAUGCUGAAACUGGGGAGACCAUUCAUUUCAGUAUCUUCACAAGUGAUUUUUGGCUUUGCGAACAACUAAAAAGUGGAAGGAAAAUCGUCCUUAGGAGCAAGUCUCCAUUUGUUACCAUGGAAUCUGGUUGGGUUCGCAUGUUAUCAAUUCAAGAGGAAUCAAAUAUAGAAGCCAUCCAAAGGGAGUUUUUUGAAAAUCUCAGGAGAGAAAAAGAGGUAGCCAUUAGAACUGCACAAAAAGCAGAGAAUGACUUUUACUCAAAUUUUGUUCGAAAGAUAAAGGAGGCAAGGAUUCAAGCUCAAAAUAUCACUAAGGCAGAAGAUGGUCUGUGUCCUGAGCUACAAAAUCUCCAGCUAGUACAGAUGUCUGCAGAAGAUAUGCGAGAUUUCCAGGCUCUAGAUGUUGCAAAUUGCAGAAUCAUUCGAAGCCAUCUUCUGUUUUCACUUCAAAUCCAGGCUGAAAUCCUAGCACCAACAUACAGAAAAAUACAAACACUUUUCCCUCAACUCUACAUAAUUGGAGUUGAUCAUCUAAAUUUGCAAAUAAGCAAAGCUUGCAUGCAUGCAAUUGACAUAGCAGUCCGCUACUCCACCCCCAAGGUCUUUGUUCAGUCAAUGUGCAGAGAGAGUUACGAGGAUUAUCCCAUAAAAUGCCUUGAAUUCUCUCUUCAUGGAUCAAACGAGCCUUCUAAUGAGGUGGACCUGAAGGCCACUGAGGAUCCAUACGUUGCUGGGGUUGCAAAACUUUUGAUAUCUCAUGUUGAUGAUGUUAAGUUAGGAGAGGAGAUUGAGGAGAUGCAACUGAGGCAGUCAUUCGCUGGAAAUUUGAAGUUCUUUGCUGAUGAUGAAGGUGGCAUUGGGUGUAAUAUAUUCUGGAAGGACGAGAACAGGGAUGUCAUUUGUACACUUCCGUCAGUUAAAAUUUCCGAUGAAUGCUUAGAGAUGGGACAGCUCAGAGUAAAGUCAACCUAUGAGCUUAGGCUCCAUAGUCAACCUAUGAGCUUAGGCCUCCAUUAUUCUGCAACUGGUUCCAUGAAAGCUCCGCAAAUUACAGUUUCAGAUUCUGGCAUUGUUGCCAAUUUUUGCCCAGAGAGAAUGGAUGAGGUUCUUGUUUCCGAAGAGGUUCAAGGUAGGGUGAUUAUCUAUGAUGCGUUCAUAAGCCACAGGGGAUCUGAGCUCAAGAAGCUUGCCGAGAAGAUUCAUGGCGAUCUGAGUGGAUUGGGAGUGUCGAGCUUCGUUGAUUCUCGCGAGAUUCGAAAGGGGGAGAACUUAAGCGGUGUGAUCGUGGAAGCGAUCAGAGCUUCGUCGAUAUGGCUGGUUCUGCUGAGCAAAGGGUUUGCAGAGUCCCCAUGGUGCUUGGACGAGGUGAGAAUGAUGGUUGAUGAGAGAGAGAAUGGAGAGAGCAAGGGGAUAUUGAUUCCUGUUUACUACAAUGUUGGGCCUGAUGACUUGAGAGAUGUGAAUAGAGGGCCUUUCAAGAAAGCUUUUCGGAUGCAUAGAAAGAGUAAAGAUUAUAGUUUGGAAACAAUCGCGAAAUGGGAGGAGGUUUUGAAGCAAGUUGCAGAGAUAUGGGGGCCAACAUUUAAGGAUUAUAGCAGGAAAGAGGACCUUGUAAGUGCCCUCGUUGAAGAUGUGGUUAGAAGAGUGAAGAGUGUGGACAUGGAAGUUGCUAAAUACCCUGUUGCUAUUGAUCAAAGAGUUAAUGAAUUGCAUGCUAUCAUAAACAACCACGAAUCUCUUUAUGGGGCUUGCAUUGUUGGAAUUGUUGGUAUGACCGGAAUUGGCAAAACAACAAUAGCCAAGAGGUACUUCAAUUUGCAUCGAUCGUCAUUCAGGUCUUCGUGCUUUGUUGGGAAUAUGAAGCAAAUGACUGGUGAGGAGCUGCAAAAUAUGCAGAAAAUGCUUCUAAAAGAACUGGCAUUGUAUAAUGGAGACCAUAUUAGUAGCACUGAUCAAGGUAUCAAACUUCUCAAGAAGCAUCUACAAGGGGCCAAGAUCCUCUUGGUUCUCGAUGAUGUUGAUGACCAUCUUCAAUUGGAAGCUCUUAUGGUGCAUGAGGUUCUAAGUCAUGAGAGCAUUAUUCUGGUAACUUCUAAUAACAAUGGAUUAGUUAAAAAGUUUCACCAUGCAUGCAUUUAUGACGUACCGUUCAUGGACCGAGAUUCUGCUAGAAAACUUCUUCUCAUGCAUGCCAUGAAAAGACCUGAAUUGUCACAUCCGGAACUUGAAGAAUUCACCGAGGAGUUCCUCAACCUCAGUGAUGGAUUGCCAUUGUCUUUAGAGGUUUAUGGCCAAAAGCUUUCUGGGAUCACUAGCCGGUUUUAUUGGGAGAAUACCUUAAAAAAGGCAUCUGAGAUCUUACCUGCCGAAAUAACAAAGAGGUUUCAAUCAAGUUUUGUCAAUCUUAGUGAGACAGAAAAGAAUGUUGUUCUUGAUAUUGCAUGUUUCUUGGAUGGAGAAGACAAGGAUAUCGCGGUUAGCUUUUGGAAUUCCUUAGGGAUCUCUAGUGAUAUGGGUCUAAACAAACUCACACAAAAAAGCAUAGUGAAACAAGAACCGAACAGUGAGAGGCUCUCAAUCCAUUCACAGUUAAAACAAUUUUUCUUACAGUCUCUUAAUGAAGACUACAUGAAAGAUCCUAGCUCAUGUACACGAUUGUGGCAGGAGAAGCACGUGCAGAAAGCCUUGCAACAAAACACUGGCUUCAUGAAUGUGGAGUAUCUCAGUCUAGUGGAGAGAAGGUCAUAUUCCUCUAAGAUGUCAGAACUGAACAUGGUCCCUUCAUCUAUUAUUUGGAAAGAAGACGGGAUCGGUCUUCUCAGAGCUUGGCCUGUGCAGUGCUUCACAAAGAUGAGUAAAUUGAAAUUGCUUUUCUUAGAAGAUACUUGUAUUGAAGGGGAAUUCAACAAAUUACCAAAGGGAAUCAUAUGGCUACGUUGGCGAUUUUGCCCUUAUGUUACCCUUCCAAAGGGACUUCCCCUAGCCAAUUUGCGAGUUCUCGAGUUAGAAGGAGGUCAAUUCUCUCAUUUGUGGGAUGACCAGGAGAAUUCAGAGGUCCCUCUCCAGUUAAGGCACCUUCAACUUCAAGGAUGUGAAAAUCUCAUUGCAAUUCCAACAUCAAUAGGAAAGCUAGUGCACUUAAAAACACUGGUUUUGAAAGACUGCAAAGCUCUAGUCACCCUUCCUGAUGAGAUAUGCAAUUUGCAAUCUUUGGUUCAUCUAGACAUGUCAGGGUGCAUCAGUCUUGAAAAUUUACCACCAUUGUUUGAAAAUUUAAGGUAUCUGAGGAUUCUUAAUUUGUCAGGUUGUGAGAAAUUGGGAAGACUUCCUGAUUCUUUUGUUCAUCUUUCAAGCUUGGUCGACUUAAAUUUGCGCAAUUGUAAGCAACUUAUGGCACUUCCAUUCGAUCAUUUAGCUCAGCUAACAUAUCUGGAUAUCUCUGGGUGUGAACUUCUUGAUCUGCAGCAUCCAAUUUAUUCUCGAAGCCUAGUAUUCCUUAAUCUGUUGUCUUGUAAGAGCUUCAAUCUUCUACCGUCCAUUGUUCAGCUGCCUUAUUUAUGCGUUCUAAUGCUCUCGAGUAGGGACUUCAUCAAGCUACCUUGUAAUUUUGGGCAGUUAUCAUUUUUGUUCCGGCUUGAUAUAAGAGGUCCUGAACUGGUGGAAUUGCCCUCUUCCUUUGGUGAACUUUGUAAUUUACUUAUUUUCACAUUGGAUGGUUGCCCAAAUCUCAAGAACUUGGUUCCAUCAAUUGGGCAGCUGAGGAACCUUAAAACCCUGGUUUUAUCAUCAUGUGGGCUGGUUGAAUUACCAGAGCAGAUAGGACAUUUGUGCAAUUUAGAGGUUUUACGCAUAAAGGAGUGUAGAGAUCUGGUGCAGUUGCCAUUUAGCAUUGGCAAUCUCUCAAAAUUGAAGGAAAUGGAAUUGAUAGGAAAUUCUGGCCUCUAUAUAUCACACCAAUGCUUCUCAAAUCUCUCCCUUCUAGGGAAGCUAGUUCUGGAUGAGUGCCAGGUCUCAAAUGAGUCUUUUGCCUUGAUUUGUGGCUCAGUCUCUUCUUUGGCAUCUCUACAACUUUGUAAACUGUCCAUUGCCCAUGUGAAUGUCAAGGGUGUGUUUAUGAACCUCAUCUCUCUUUCUAUAACUUCUUGCCCCAACUUGGUUGAAUUUGAGGUGUCUCCAACUCUAAGACAGUUGGAAAUCAUUAGAUGUCCUCUUCUGAAAAUUGUUUCAGUCCCUAGUGGGUUCAGUAUGGGGCUGAGGGAGCUGACUUUGAGGAACUGUGAAGGACUCUCCAUGAUUCAAUCCAUUGAUGAACUGCAACAUCUUGAAAAGCUUGACACAGUGGGAUGCAUGGUGUUGCACUAUGUACAGGGAUUGGAGCAGGUGAAGACACUGAAGGAGUUGCAUAUUUUCAUCACAUAUUGGGGUUUUCUCUAUUAUGGGGACGAGUGGUUACAAAAACUUCAGAAACACAUAUAUGCACCUGCUAUGCAUUUUGCAACAAAGACGGUGUUCAACAAGCACGAAAUUUUCCAAGAGUUCCAUACGAUGAAUUCAGUCUCGAUGCAACAUCUUGAGUUCACUAUGCCGGAAUCCACUGUUCCGUGUGCAUGGAUCAUGGUUGCCUUCAUUUCGCGUAAUACUUCUAAAGACUAUGGAGAACUCCUGAAAUCUUUUGGUUUGAAUUUGGAGGGAGAAGGGAGCAUUUCUCUCUUUCUUAGCAAGGGGGCAAUUUCAAUGGUGCCUGUGCAUGAAUACCCAGAUGCUGAAACUGGGGAGACCAUUCAUUUCAGUAUCUUCACAAGUGAUUUUUGGCUUUGCGAACAACUAAAAAGUGGAAGGAAAAUCAUCCUUAGGAGUGAGUCUCCAUUUGUUACCUUGGAAUCUGGUUGGGUUCGCAUGUUAUCAAUUCAAGAGGAAUCAAACAUAGAAGCCAUCCAAAGGGAGUUCUUUGAAAAUCUCAGGAGUGAUAAAGAGGUAGGCUUUAGAACUGCACAAGAAGUAGAGAAUGACUUCUACUCAACUUUAGUACAAAAGAGAAAGGAGGCGAGGAUUCAAGCUCAAAAUAUCACUAAGGCAGAAGAUGGUUUGUAUCCUGAGCUGCAAAAUCUCCAGCUAGUACUGAUGUCUGCAGAAGAUAUGAGAGAUUUCCAGGCUCUAGAUGUUGCAAAUUGCAGAAUCAUUCGAAGCCAUUCUCUGUUAUCACUUCAAAUCCAGGCUGAAAUUCUAACACCAACAUACGAAAAAAUGCAAACACUUUUCCUUCAAGACUGCAUAAUUGGAGUUAAUCAUCUAGACUUGCGAAUAAGCAAGGCUUGCAUGGAUGCAGUUGACAUAGCAGUCCUCUACUCCACCCCCAUGGUCUUUGUUCAGUCAAUGUGCAGAGAGAGUUACGAGGAUUAUCCCAUAAAAUGCCAUGAAUUCUCUCUUGAUGGAUCAAACGAGCCUUCAAAUGAGUUGUACCUGAAGGCCACUGAGGAUCCAGGUGUCGCUAGGGUUGCAAAACUUUUGAUGUCUCAUGUUGAGGAUAAUAAACUAGGAGAGGAGAUUCAAGACAACCUCGAGAAGAUGCAAUUGAGGCAGUCAUUGGCUGGAAAUUUGGAGUUCUUUGCUGAUGAUGAAGGUGGUAUAGGGUGUAAUAUAUUCUAAGGAGCUAAAGAAAGGGUGAUGUAAAGGCUCCCGUUAUAUGUUUUUCUUAUUUGGAUUGUUUUUUUUUUCUAUUCGUAAGUGAAAGGAAGAGAACAGGGAUACCAUUUGUACAUAUCAGUCAGUUAAAUUAUCCAAUGAAUGCCUAGAUACAAACUGCGAUUCAUAUGUUUGAGGAUAAUCUGCCAGGAAAGUAUGCAAUAAGAUGGUGAUUGUGCUUUAAAGUC